AUGUCUGUCCUUCUCACUGCAACUUUCUCAGCACCCGCGUGUGCAUGCACUAAUUUAACUGCUGCUGCUGGACUUCUCCUCUGGUCUUACUUCUCUGCCUUGGCUGUGCGUUCGGCUUUUAGCCAGGUGGUGCCUAUUCUGAAUGAGAACGAUUCCAUUUGUACCGAGGAGCUGCGAUUUGGAGAUAACGAUACGCUGGCUGCGCACUGCGCUGUUGCCCUCGAGGCAGACUUUCUCUUCAUCCUCACCGACGUGGACUGCCUUUACACAAAAAAUCCAAAAGCGCAUGCGGGUAUGCCUCGCAAUUCGCGUGUGUAUGGCCGUGCAAAACUGAAUGCAUGUAUUGCCUGUGCUAUAAAUGCGUACAAUGCAUGUAUUGCAUGUUCUAUAAAUGCGUACAAUGCAUGUAUUGCAUGUGCUAUAAAUGCGUACAAUGCAUGUGUUGCAUGUGCUAUAAAUGCGUACAAUGCAUGUAUUGCAUGUACUGGAGGUGGUGGCGCAUGGGGGACUGGCGGGAUGUAUACCAAGGUCGUUGCCAGCAAGAUUGCAACAAACCUCGGCGUGCAUGUGGGCAUUGUUAAUGGCGCACAUCCGGAUAGGAGCGCCUGGCGCGCAAGCGGGCGGAGUGGUGUUCAGGGGAGUCUCGCUCUCAAUGCGCAAUCUUCUGCCCCAGUCUCAGACUUGCGGGUGCUGCCUGCACAGUGGUGUAGCUCCCCCCCAGAGCCUAGUGCCGCUGCGCUUUCCACCGACCUCGCAGCCGAUGUCGCGGGUGCUGAGCAUUCCCCGCGACGCAGACUCUCGUCUUCGCUCGUCGUGGAGGCGGGUGUCGAGUCAGAGAGUAGCUGCAGCAGCAAGAAAAGCGUUUUGGAGGAUGAUUCGCCUACCGCGGAAGCAGAUACGAACACGGGCAAUCUCCCAGUGGCCUCUCCCCUCAACUGCACCUGCACUGCGGAGCAACUUACCGGUGGAGUCGCACCCGAGAUAGCGCCACUACCGACGCCUGCAGCAACAACAACGGAAGCCACAGGCAAUCAGCUGGCGUGUGCAGCCGUGGGCUUCCAUAAACGCUGGCACAGCUCUAUCCUUGAGCUUCACGCUUCUGUAGCCACUGCUGCUGCUGCUGCCGCCAUGGCUGUCGCAGGCACCAUAUUUAUCUCGAAUGCCCCUACGGGUCCAUCUCAGUCGGUUCGUCUGCCUAGUGCUGCAUCGCAAGAGCCUCUUCGCCGCUGGUGA